CUCUCUGUGUGAGCCUGCCCAAACAAAUAGAGAUAUCCACAGAGCUUGUAAGGCUUGAUAUCUGGUUUAUCAACCUUGCAAAAGAGUAUUUAUACAAAUGUGUCAGUGUGUGCACACAAUAUAGAUCCUUCCUGUAAGUGUCUGGAACCAGAACCUGUGCUCAGGAGGCCAAGAAAACAACUUUCUUUCACCAACGCGAUUCAGGACGAUUGCAUGAUGGGCUACCACCUGAGCUGUCAUCGGCCCCAACGGGAACUGAAAGGGAGGAAGCCACUGAAGGGGCAACCAAUCACACCCCCUGACAGCCUGCACAGCAACCAGGUCAACGUAAACACAGCAGCUGAGGAAGAGCUGAUGACCCUGCCGGGCAUCAACCGGACACUGGCACACAAUGUAGUGCUAUACCGUGACAGGAUUGGGGGCUUCCGCAAGAUUGAGGAUGUGGCACUGGUGACGGGAGUCGGGGCCACCAGGCUGCAGCAGAUAAGGUCCGAGAUCUGUGUGGGGGACAUGGUGCCGCAGCAGUCAGACAUCAAGGUUGACCUGGGGACCACCAGGCCACAGAUAAGACCUCCAUUUAGUGCAGAAGACCGAGAGCGCUCCCGCUCCAUGGGCAAUCUCAACCUUCUCUCCUGUGACCAGCUGAACAUCAACCUCGCCUCAGAGGAGCAGCUCACUGACUUGCUUGGGGUCUCCAAAGAGCUGGCCCACCGAAUCGUCCGCAACCGGCCAUACCGACACGCUGAUGACCUGUUGCGGGUAACCGGAAGCAACGCCUUCUCCUUGACUCCUAUCAACUCCAGGCUCAGUGCUGCCCUCCUGAAGCCCGUCUCCGUAUCUACCUCCACCUCCACGCAGCCGUGCAGUGCCCUACCUUCCUUCUGCAGUCUGCAGGACCUGAGACUGAACUCUGGCCUCUGUCCUCGCACCCCUUCACGGUGCUCCCCACAGGCAGCUUUCACCAGUUGCUUUGAUGGCAGGAAGGUGAUUCGUAUUGGCACUUGGAACCUGCAGGGGCUCAACUUGGACAAGGUCAACAACCCAGGCGUGAGAGAAGUCAUCUGCAUGACCCUACUAGAGCAUGGGAUCAAACUAUUGGCCAUUCAGGAAGUGCUGCAUGAAGAUGCCUUAGAUAAGCUCUGUCUGGAGUUCGAGAAGCCCACCAUAACUGCGCUGCAGGAAUGGAAAGCCAGCCGGGGCAGUUGGAAAUAUGUGGUGUUGGAAAACCCACCUGGAGAAGAAGAAAAGGAGGUAGAGCGUGUGGCCUUUUUCUGGGACAGCAGCAUAGGCCUUGAGCUACAUCAGGCAGUCAGCCUAGAGGUGCUGUUUGAGCAGAACAAUGGGUAUCAGCCGUACAAUCACCCUGUGCUGGCAUACUUCAAGAUGGGAGAGCUCCCACUCAACCUCAUCAAUGUCCAUCUCAGGGCAAGCCGGUAUCCUGGACUCGUGACAGAUGACAGCAACAAAGCCCUGGACAUGGAUGCCCUCCAGCCACACAUAACAGACAUCCACGAAACAGAAGAAAACCCCCAAAGAAUGAAUGACAGAAAAAAUGUAAGAAGCCCAAAGCCUCCUGCUUCCCCCUAUCAUGCACCAGCAGCAAAGCAUCAACCCUCCUCUGUUCCCACUUAUUCCUGAAGAGAGCACCAGUGCUCAGCACCCACCAAGCAAGCAAUUGCAAAGCCUCCAAAGGGAGAUCAUGAUCUGCAGUCCAACAAAAAUUACUGUUCACCCAACAGUUCGAUGAGAGGGAGAGGGAGAGGGAGACAGAUAUCCCACAUACCACAUUGGGAUUUAUUUUCUUGCAAAAAAUAAAGAAAUACAAUAGAUUUAUGAAAAACUAUACAUACCAAAGACUGAUACACAACCAAUGAGCAAAAGAAGCAAAUGGUUCAAAUAAAAAAUAAAUAAUACUGAGCACACAAAUUGUAAGUCAAGUCAAGUUUAUUGUCAUUUAACUAUAUACGUGCAUAUAAUGUAUAUAACUGUCAUAAGGGGGGUGCUGGUAGCAGACCCAAAUGCAAGACACAGACACUGAAGUAGUAGGAACAGGACUAGAUUUGUCAAGCAAGCAAGGGAAGUGAGGAAGAAACAACGCUGGACAAGACACAGGCCCUGGAUGAGGCUAGGAUACAGGGACUGGGCUAGGACUAGACUAGGAAAGCAGAACCUGGACGAGGAACUAGGAACUUGGAACCUGGACAAGGACUCUGAGCCAGAGACUGGAUAGGGGCCUGGACCCUGAGGACAAGACAUGGCAACAGGACAAGGAGUGGAAACAGGACUGGACGUGAGACUCCUGGACAGGACGAGGGAACCCCAGCACUGGGCUGGGAGAGGUACUCCUGGGCUGGGCGAGGCACAUGGACAGGACAACAACACAAAGCCUUGCCUUGGUCGAGGGAGAACAGGAACAUGGAACACAGAGCCAGGACCCCUCCUUGGGAACAGGGCUUGGGGCCGGGGCUCUACACAGAGUCAGGACUCCUCCUAGGGAGCAGGACGUAGGACUAGGACUCAUACACAGAACACUGAGAGACAGAUCUCAACUCAAGGUAGCGGCAAACGGCCAGACCUACCCAGUGGAGGUGAGGGCACAAAGGUAGCCGCAAACGGCCGGACAUACCUAGCGAAAGCGUGGGCACAGAGACAGUUCCCAACUCAAGGUAGUGGCAAACGGCUAGAUCUACCUAGCGAAGGCAAGGACACAAAGAGAAUUCCAAACAACGACAGACUGUUCCUCAUCUUGACACAGCAAGGCCCUGGUCUUCUCCAGCAGUUGAACUUGAUGGCGUUAUGGGCAAGGAUGCAGGCAAGUUUGCAGACAAGGCUGCAGGCAGGGCUUCGAAGGAAGGAGAAGGGGAGGGAACAGUCCAGCAACUGAAGCUGAACCCAAGAGCUGUUUACGUAGCCAGCCCAAAAUGAGAAAUCAUGUGCCUCAAUUAAGGCACACAACAGGACAAGGGAAGACCAGAAAACCUGGAAUAAGGGUCGAUGGAUCCAACCGUGAACUGGAAUGCAGACUUCACGGACCGGACCAUGAUAAUAACUAUUUAAUGCAUAUAGAAAAGAGACAACGUUUCUCCAAACCAGGGUGUAAAGAACAGUAGUACACAUAACACUCCAUACUUAUGAAGGUGAAGAUGGAAUCUACAAAUGAAUCACACAUAAAUAACAUUAAUAUUAAAUACUGUAAAUUAUGGAACAGAUUAACCAGUGACACUUCAAAUACAAUGCAGUCAGGAGUUCAGAAGCCUAAUGGCCUGGGGGAAGAAACUGCUUCUCAUCCUGACCAUUCUUGUUUUUAUGCAUCGUAGUCUCCUGCCUGAUGGCAGAAAGACAAAGAAGAUUCUGGAUGGAUGGGUAGGAUCCUUAAUAAUACUAAGGGCCCUGCGUAUGCACCACUCCUGAUAAGUCUCCCCGAAGGAUGGUAGAGAGAUCUCUAUGAUCCUCUCAGCUGUUCUCACAGUCCUUUGUAGGGACUUCUAGUCCAAUGCUCGACUGUUCCCAUACCAGAUGGAGAUGCAACUUGUCAGGAUGAUCUCAGUGGUACUUCUAUAAAACGUAGUUAAGAUGGGUGGUAGGAGGGGAGGUGCGGGGAAGCAUUGCUUGCCUGAAUCUUCUUAGGAAGUGGAGGCGCUGUUAUGCCUUGCUCAGGGAGGUGAUAUUAAGGAACCAGGUAAGGUAAUCCGUGAUGUGAACUCCCAGGAACAGUGCACUUAACUCUCCCUAUGGAGCAGCCAUGUGGUGGAGGGGGUGUCGUGUUUUGCCUGCACCUUCCUGAAGUCCACAGUCAUUUCCAAGUCCUUGAAAGCGAGUCUGUAGGUUGUGGAGUCAGUUCAGAGUUUGAAGUAAAUGAAGUUAUCCACGCUGGUUCUGGAGCCUGAUCAGCAAAUGUCAUAAUUUCCAAAAUGUUGUCCAGCCAGAGCUACGAUAUCAAUCAAAGAACUUUGAAGGUCAUUUUGAGGUUUCAUUAAAGUGAGGCUUAGAUCAGUUCUCCUUAUUGAGUUCCAUUAUCUAAGUGAACAAUAUU